UCAUCCUGUCUUGAGCACAAAGAAAAGCGAGGUGAGCAUAAAGAGAGAAGAAAACCAUUUUCGAUCUGUGAAAUUGCCCUAAGUCUCUCUCCCUCUUUCUCUCUCUGUGAUCGAAUCACCAUGGCCAAGCAGCAUGCAAACUGGUCUCCAUACGACAACAAUGGCGGCACUUGUGUUGCCAUUGCUGGGGCCGAUUACUGUGUGAUCGCUGCUGACUCUCGAAUGUCCUCUGGUUACAAUAUUCUUACCCGGGAAUACUCCAAAAUCUGUAAAUUGGCAGACAAAUCUGUCAUGGCCUCUUCAGGAUUUCAGGCUGAUGUGAGAGCUUUGCAAAAGGUUUUGGAAGCUAGGCACUUGAUUUAUCAGCAUCAACACAAUAAGCAGAUGAGUUGCCCUGCAAUGGCCCAACUGCUCUCAAACACCCUUUACUACAAGCGUUUCUUUCCUUACUAUGCUUUCAAUGUUCUAGGAGGUCUCGAUAAUGAAGGAAAAGGUUGCGUAUUCACAUAUGAUGCUGUUGGUUCAUAUGAGAGGGUUGGGUACAGUUCACAAGGUUCUGGUUCCACACUCAUCAUGCCUUUUCUGGACAACCAACUGAAAUCUCCAAGUCCUCUCUUAUUACCUGCCAAGGAUGCUGUUACACCUUUAUCAGAAGCAGAAGCAAUUGAUUUGGUGAAGACUUGCUUUGCUUCUGCAACCGAGAGGGAUAUAUACACUGGGGACAAGCUGGAAAUAGUGGUCUUAAAUGCCGAUGGUAUGCGCUGGGAUUACAUGGAACUCAGGAAAGACUGAUUUGUUGGCCUGAUGUUAUCACUGUUGCUUAUCGUUAUGAGCUGCUUCAGAUGUGCUCAAACUGCAACUGUUGGCCCGGUCUCUCUAUGUUUCUUUGCAUCUCUAUAUCAUCAAUUGCCAGCUUUUGGUUUUCAAUGGGACUCAGAGAUGCCCCCCCCUCCUACCCUCUCUCCCAUUUCCUGCUUGAUUGUAGCACCUCAAUUAUGAUUUCUAUCUACCGGACAUGAAACUGUGUAGUUAUCAUCAGCUCUUUGGGUGUGGUUUCACUAGAAGUGCUAUGUGCUGAAGAAGUAUGUUUAAACUGUGUUCUGUUCUGAAUCUGGGAACAACAGGUUUGGCUAAUCUUUUUAUUUGAUAAAAGACAAUUGUGGCUCUUCA